AUGUCUUACCAACUAGAGACUGGCUCUGGUCCAAAUUGUACAUAUGUCGAGUAUCUACAAGCUCUCCAUCCAGGGAAUUCGCUCGUUUGA